AAACACCAGGGCUGUAUAUAGCUAGUUUGGAAGAAUUUAAAGAAUGGGUUCCCUUGGUAUAGUAUUGAUUGUUACAAUUUGUUUACUAAAACUAAUGAGUCCACCGAGUACGAUAAUGGUUGCAAGCCAGUGUUCAGGCCCAGCGGUGGGUAUCGCAUUUUCACCAUGCUUGGGCUUCCUUGACAAUAAGGAACCAAAGCCAUUGAAAGCGUGUUGUAGUGGACACGAGAAUUUAUACAAGAGAGGAAAAACCAAGGAAGUCCACCGAGUACGAUAAUGGUUGCAAGCCAGUGUUCAGGCCCAGCAGUGGGUAUCGCAUUUUCGCCAUGCUUGGGCUUCCUUGACAAUAAGGAACCAAAGGCAUUGAAAGUGUGUUGUAGUGGACACGAGAAUUUAUACAAGAGAGGAAAAACCAAGGAAGACCGUGUCGCUAUAUGUAAUUGUUUAAAGACGCUCUUAGAGAAUCACGACCGAAGGCGAUUCCUUAAUAUCAGAGAGCAGUGUCACAUUGACAAAUCGAAAGGACUAGGAAUCCCCGAUGUUGGACCAACUGCUGACUGCUCAAAGAUAUCGCCGACUUCAUCAUCAACACGCCACCUUGAUUGGCAUCGGAAAAUCCAAUUGAGCUCGGUGACACCUUGGAAGCUUAGAGCAAAGAAAACAGAAGUCAAGAAAUUUGAGAGUGGAAGGAAGAUGACAACCCCAAUGGUACAGAGGAAAGAAAUGGGGUCCACAAUGAGGUAUUCGUUGAGAAGUAGCUGGAAAGAGAAUAAGAAACCGCCUUUGGGUAUGAGUUUUGAUAGAUCGAUGGAAGGAACUAUGGAAAAGAAGACUAUUGCAGUUUGA